CAAAGCACUUUCUGUAAGAGCGCGCGAGUGUAGAGUGGCAUUCUUGUCGUUCCGAUGCUGUCUAGAUAGGCAUCGAUGUGUUUGAGACGCGGCCGUGCUGUCUCUUGGCAGCAAAAGAGGCUUUUGGGGUCUUACCGGAAAUCAACUUUUAUUUAUUUAUUUUUGUUUGCGUCUCAAACUUGUGACUGCUGAAAGUCGAAAGAGGAAAAAGAGCCGCAGAGUCCCGUUACAGUUUAGCCUCAUACACAGUUCCUUGUUUUUCAUCGUCAUGGUGGAUGUGAGAAAGUGGAGACGAAGAGACGUCGACAGUUUGAACCCGAGAUAAAGUCCUGCGUCGGGCGUUUUCUUCUGCUCAUAACGGGAUCUUUGUUUUGUUUUUAAUAUCAUGGAAGAUGGUGUGAAAGAGGAGCCAGCCAAGCCCAAAGAGGUGACGAGCGCUGGGAAGGCCGGCUGGCUGAAGAAGUAUUCAGGGAAGUUCUUUGGCAGCUACAAGGACCGAUACAUUCAUCUAGACCGAACAGUGAUUGCAGUCUAUGAGAAUGAGGAAUUGACAACAUGCCUGGAGAAACUGGACUUGGUCAACUAUGAGACUUGCCAUGAGUUAAAGAGUAUUUUCACGAAGAAACACAGACUGAUACUAAUACGAAGCCCCAAGUACGCUAACAAGGUCCAAGAUGUCAAACUUCAAGCACAAACCCCGGAGGAGAAAGAGGCCUGGAUAAAGGCACUGAGUGAAGGAAUCAGUCAGUCAAAGAACACAGUCUUUGAUGAGGUAAAAGUGGAUGAAAGCUGCUCUUUAGAACAUGUUACACGGAACCGACCAAAAGGGGACCGUGGAAGAAGGCCGCCAACAAGGAUACACAUGAAGGAGGCUGCAAAUGUUUCAAGUGAUGGAAUGUUUAGACUAGACCUUGAUGGUGAGGUCACGGUACAGAAUGGAACUCAUGGCUUGAAAACAGAAGGGGAUAAACAAACGGAACCUUCUAAACCAUCAGCAGCGAUGAACAACAUUCCAGAGGAGGACACUGAUGAAGAGUCCACACCCCAGAAGAAAGUUAUAAAGCCGCCCAUGCCGCCAUCAAAAGACAACAAACCCAGUGAAACUCAUAAAGAGGAUGAAGCCAAAAAUGAGGAACCUGCAGCUCAAAAGAAGCCCCCACCGAUGCCUCCAUCAAAGGAGUUAAAACCUUGCGCCUCUGUUGAUGGGGCUGCUGUUGAGAAGAAUGUCUCGGAUAGUAAAGUGGAGGUAGAAGCAGAAAGCACUGACUCUUCCGAACCAACCCCUUCCACCAAGAGCGUCCAGCCCCCUACUCCUCCUUCCAAAAAUAUGAAGCCUACCCAACCGGUAACACCAGCCACAGUCACAACAGAGGAAAAAGAGAAGAAUAAGGACGCUGAUGGUGAAAGUACCAAGCUAGAUGGAGUUUCAAAUGAGAAAGAAGACCUGGAUAAUUUAGAAGAGGUAGAGACCAUUGAUCCAUCUAAAAAGGUCAUGAAACCAGAAGUAGUGAUGUUGGAUUCACCCAUUAUGCCUUCAAAAGAACCUGAACAAGAAGUGCAAGACUCAAAGAAAGCCUCCGAGACCACUGGAGAAGUUGCAACCUCACUAGAACCUUCUCAACUUAAUCUUACUCCACUUUCAACUCCUGAAUCUGUGAAAAAGAGCCCCGGACCCCCUGCUCCACCCAAGAAGAAGCCAGGCAAGGCACCUGCCAAGACAGAAGACACUGCCUCAAAAAGUGACCCAAUGGUCGUUGCGUCUUCAGAAACAGCUGACAUCAAAUUGGCUAUUCAAGAACCCAAAACUGAGCCAAUUGUAGAUGUGUCAAGUGAAGAUUUGGAGGAGAAGUCUUUAGACAGUGGCCAGCACUCAGGAGAGGAGUCUGAAACCGGUGAUCAUGUUACGCCGUCCUCCGCAAAGCUUAAAGGAAGCUCCCAGGAACUUGAUUUGGAGACCAGUGAGGAGGAUCGAAAACCUUCUGACAGCAAAGCCGAGAGCUUGGAGGAGCCAUUGUUAGAAACCCCACCCACCUCCUCAAAGACCUCAGUUCCCAAUGCAAACCCAACCCCAAGCCAAUGUGCCAACAUGUCCCUGGACCUCACCAUGCCUCUCAAGCGUUCUUCCAAGGCCCGCUCCGCAUCCCUAGGUGACCUCCUUGUGGAGAAUGCAGACAAGAUGGAAAAAAAUAUACCAGUUAAUCCACAAGGAAGUGACGUAAAGGACUUUCAAAGCAAAAUGUCUUCUGAGAACAAAGAGACUGGAGAGCUGCCGAACGCAAUCGUGACCGGACAGAGUGGUGAGAUGGAAAUGAAAGGGGACUCGAGCCCGGAGUUCAGGAAAUCUGACCAGUUACUGAAGGAAGCCACAAAUCUUAACAAUCUUAAUAACAGAAACAGAUUAAGUUUUUAAUGGUAAAUGUUGGUGGAAGGAAACUUGUAGGGAUGAUUGAUCUAUGCUGAAAAUGAAAUUUGAAAGUAUGAAAGUGAUCAAAUGCAAUUCUUAUCCCCAACCAUUUUCAAAUCUCUAAGAAACCUCAAACGACUAAAGAUGUCUUAAGGCUCGGGUAUACUUCUCUCCUCUCGCGCACAGCCGUGUCCCAAGCAUACGGAUCCGUGGAUGGAUGAGUUUGACACAUGCGGAGUACCACCUACUGGACUCUCUCGGUCUCAACAUUUACAUUUAAAAAAAUUGGGCUGCAUGCAAACGAUGUGUGUGGAUGUCUGCAGUUUACUCUGGCCUUUAUAGUUUUGGUAAAAUGGCUGUAAAAAAAUAGCCAUUUUGAAAAAUAUGAUUAAAUCACUGGCUUGUGAUUUUCUAGGGAUCCUGAAGACCUUGAUGAGCUUGCUCAGGUGUGUGUAAUUAGGGUUGUACGUGGACUGUCAGCACGGACACAAAAAUUGGGCUGCAUGUGUUCCUGGAGAGAGUAUAGUUAUAGCCCUGCUCCAAAACACCUGUCUGUAAACAUCAAGAGCUCCUGAAGAUCUUCAUUAGCUCAUUCAGAUGUGUUUGAUCAGGGUUAGAGCUGGACUUUGCAGGAAGAUAGAUUGCAAUGAACAUGGGUCAACUGCCUAGAUCAGGGUUUCUCAAGAAGCCCUCAGGGUGCGCUUUAUCCAACCAUUUUAAUCAACAAUAUUUGAACGUUUAAUCAAGUUCUUACAGGAUUACAGGUGAGUUUGAUCAGGGUUGGAGCUGAACUCUGCUAGAAAGUGCAUCUUGAGGGUUAGAGUUGAGAACUCCUGCUUUAGAUGAUGACACUGAAGGCCUGCAUGUUUUUGGUAGGAAGACAAAGCAUUUAGUAAAAAUUGAGCUAAAUUUGUACAUGCUACAUUUUAUUUUGUGAAGAAACGUGCUAAAUUUGCUAGCCGGGUUAGCAUACCUGAUGUUAUGUCAUGUAGUGUGGUCUUACUUUAGGCUUUCUGUGUUUCUUACCCCAUGUUUAGUUAUAUUUGGUACUUUGUUAAAAUGGAUUUAAACCGCCCAUAAGUUACAACUGCACAUAACAACUGUUAGAUAAGUAAGCGUUUUACACCGAACACAUUUGUGGAAGGGUGACAUGUUGCAUGCUGAGUUUUGCACUGCAACUUUUGUAUAAAAAAAAAAAAAAAAAAAGAGCAGUUGAAAAUUUAAGAGUCAGGGGA